AUGACUCAUCUCUUAGGCCGUCAGGACUGUAUCGACAGCCUUCGGAGAGAUCUUAUUGAUUUACAGGGAGCGGUCCUUGAUGUUUUUUCUAAGACUGGACCCGUCCGUUUCCCAUCAUGGAAGUUUCCCGAUAAACUGUCAUGUAAUCUGGAUUUGGUCAGUCUUUUAGAGGAGUAUGACUAUGUAGAUGGUGAGGAGGAAUUCAGUCAGCACUCCCACAUAGUCCUGCUAGAGCUGCUGAUUGACAGGUAGUCAACGUUGUGAAUUGUGUAAAACAAUUGUCUCUCAUGCUGACCUAAGAUACAUUUAUUUGAUUAAAAUAGAGUAAAAACAGUAACACUGUGAAAUAUUAUUACAUUUUAAAAUAACUGUUUUCUGCUAAUAUAUUGUAGAUUUGCCAUUAAUGUGAUGG